AUGUCUCGGGCCUCUAAGCUCACUCUUGCGGCGACUUCGUUGUUUGCCGCCAGUACCAUCAUCGUCGUACAUUUCCAGCAAAAGUUCGAGAAGGAGGCUAUGCACCAAGGCGUUGUGCGCGACAUAGAAUUACAGCGCGUCAAGAAAGAGCGACAGCUUGAUUUCGACAUCCAGCGUGCUCUCGAGGAAGAAUACAAGCGAGAGCAAACAGUUCGAGACGCCACAAUACCACCCAUCGUCGGUGCCGGUGGUGGUGAUAAUGGCUCCUGA